UUUUUCCUCUUUUCCUCCUCGCCGCGAACUCGGCCUCCUUCCCCUUCAAGCUUUCCCCCCAUUCCCGCCCACUCCUCCACCCGCCACCGCCGCCGCAAUGCCUGUCUACACCAUCCGCGGCGUCGAUGUAGACUUCCCCUUCGACGCCUACGAAUGCCAGAUCACCUACAUGGAUCGCGUCCUCGAAUCCCUGCAGCAGGGGAAAAACGCGCUGCUGGAGAGCCCCACGGGGACGGGGAAGACGCUGUGCCUGCUGUGCGCGUCGCUCGCGUGGCGCCGCACCUUCGGCGAGUUCCUGCGGGGCGGGCGCGGUGGCAACGGAGGGAGCCAGCAGCCGCCCUACGGGAGCCAGCCGUCCGGUAGCCAGCAAUUGGGGGAGUCCCUGUCGCAGCAACAGUCGCGGUACCCCGUGAUCAUCUACGCCUCUCGGACGCACAGCCAGCUCAGGCAGGUCAUCAAGGAGCUCAAGGCCACCAGUUACAGGCCAAAAAUGGCGGUGCUGGGCUCCCGUGAGCAGAUGUGCAUCCAUGACGAAGUGAGAACACUCCGUGGAAGAGCACAGAACAAUGCCUGCCACUACCUCUGCAAGAAACGCCGGUGCCGUCAUCAUAACCUUGUCACUGAGUACUUGAGAAACAACACUGAGCUUGGGAGUGAGCCUUUUGACAUUGAAGAUUUGGUUAAUAUUGGGAGACCUAACGGCCCGUGCCCAUAUUACAUCUCCCGGGAACUUUCGAAGUCGGUUGAUAUUUUGUUUGCUCCUUACAACUAUCUUAUUGAAUCGGGAAACCGUCGUUCCUUAAUUGGCGUACCAUGGGACAAUGCGGUACUUAUAUUUGACGAAGCACAUAACUUGGAGAGUAUAUGUGCAGAUGCAGCCUCUUUUGACUUACAUCCGAAUAACCUCACUUCCUGUGUCGCGGAAGCUCAUGAAUGCAUCAAAUUGUGUUCAGCAAAGAGGUCCUUUGAAAAUUCUGCUGAUAAACAGUUCGACCCUGAAAAUUAUGCAAUCCUCAAAGCUCUUUUAAUGGCACUUGAGAAAAAGAUUAGUGAGCUGGUAAUUGAAUCCAAGGAGUUGGGUUACACAAAAGCUGGGAGUUACAUAUACGAAUUCCUCUCUGAACUGAACAUUACGUCUGAAACAUCCAAAAAACUAAUCGAGACAAUUGAUAGUGCUUCUCUACUACUAGAGGAAGGAAAUUCGGCUGAAACUGGACCAGGGGUCAAGGCAAAGGCCACGGUGUCUAGAUUGGAGUCAAUUAGGGACAUGUUAGACAUAAUUUUUAGGGGUGGUGGUCAAAACCAUGCAAAAUAUUAUCGAUUUCACGUGAAUGAAUCUCAACAAACAUCUGGAGAUGCAUUGAAAGUUCUGGGUAAGUCUUCAAGGACCCUUAGUUGGUGGUGUUUUAACCCAGGCCUUGCUAUGGAAGAAUUUCUCAAGUUGGGUGUGCGCUCCAUUAUAUUAACCUCUGGCACUUUAUCUCCUUUGGAGUCACUAGCCAUGGAACUAAACCUUGAAUUUCCAGUUAGACUAGAGAAUCCUCAUGUCAUUUCUCCAGACCAAAUCUGUGUUGGAGUUGUGCCUGUGGGCCCAUCUGGACAUGCACUUAAUUCUUCUUAUCGGACACGUGAGACUAUACAGUAUAAACAAGAACUGGGUAUUGCUAUAGUUAACUUUGCACGCAUUGUGCCAGAUGGACUCCUUGUUUUCUUUCCUUCAUAUUCUAUGAUGGACAAGUGUGUUGAGUUCUGGAAAAAUAGGAACCAUGCAAAUUCAACGGAUGAGAACACAAUUUGGCAGCGGAUUUGUAAGCACAAGCAGCCAGUUAUAGAGCCUAGGCAGUCAUCAAACUUUCCAAGUGCGAUCGAGGAUUAUGCAGCCAAAUUACGUGACUCUUCUACUUCUGGGGCAAUAUUUUUUGCAGUUUGUCGUGGCAAAGUUAGUGAAGGUCUUGAUUUUGCCGACCGUGCUGGGAGGGCAGUAAUAGUUACUGGAAUGCCCUUCGCUACCCCAACUGAUCCUAAGGUUCGUCUCAAGCGUGAGUAUUUGGAUAGGCAGGGCACACCAUCCAAUAAGAACACAAAGAUGUUGACAGGAGAGGAAUGGUAUGUACAACAAGCAGCAAGGGCUGUCAAUCAGGCCGUUGGACGUGUUAUCAGACAUCGCCACGACUAUGGAGCUAUUAUUUAUUGUGACGAAAGGUUUGCUUGGCCAAAUUAUCAAUCCCAGAUAUCGUAUUGGCUCCGACCUCAUAUAAAGUGCUACUCAAAGUAUGGGGAAGUAGUCCAAGGAUUGACCCGAUUUUUUCGAGAUAAAGCUUCUUCAGAUCAUGUGAAGCUAAAACAAAUAGAUUGUAAUGAUAGUAUAAUACCACUUACAAAGAAAUGCAUGCCUCAGGAAACUCUAUCAGAUUUGGCUGCCAGUGCACGAAAUGAGCACCCGGAAAUAACAUUGUCAGUAAAUCCGACCACAAGAAGAAGUAACUUUAUGAAGUUGGCUCAGAUCACUCCUGCCAAUCGUUCUACCCUUUCUACGAAGCACAACUUCACAUCUACGUCACAGCUCUUUUCCUCCGAGGGCCAAUUGUCACAGGAUACACUGGUUGUUGAUUUGACUGCUGAUACAGCAAUACACGGGCAUCUGAAGGAACAUACCUUCAAGUCUUUAGGGCUUAAGAAAGCUAAAAUAACAGACAGAUCCAAAGGUGCUAGUGGCUCUGAUGAUGUCUCUUCAAAAUUGCCACCAAAUGUUGAGUCAAGAGCUUUGGCCAGACACCAAGGUGAACAAUCUGCACCUCAAUCAAAGAAAAGUACCACAGAACAAGCAUGCCAAAAGAAUGAGGCUGUCCGGGAAAAAUCUGUAGGCCAGGAAUCUAACUCAGGGCCAGCCUUCUUGAAGAUGGCCCGAGAAAAGCUCAGUAGCACGGAGUACGGAGAGUUUGUUGAAUUUAUGAAGGCCUUAAAAUUGAAAACUAUGCAUAUCAAAGACUCACUUGAAGCAAUAGCAAAGCUUUUUUCCUCUCCAGAGAGACGUCCACUUCUUGAAGGGUUCAGGGUUUUUGUUCCUAAGAAUCAUCUUCCAUUAUAUGAGCAGCUUGUUCGAAGACAUACUGUUUCUAAUACAUGAUGACAAGAUCAGCCGCUCAUGUUUAAAGGCAGUUGCGGGCUUCCUAUUUAUUUAUCAAUAUGAUCCACCUUCAGAGUGGCUGGUUUUACUUAUUGAAUAUAGACAAUAAAUUUUAGAACCAGUGCUGUAUUUGGUUCUGAUGUUACUUUAUUUGUGGCUGUACUGCAAUUUAUUCUCUUUAUAAUUGGAAUUAUGCCUUCUGGGUAGCAGAAGCACGCUGUUUGAUGUGUCAAUCAAGAAACAACAGGAUGAUAUUUCUUUUGACACUUUCUUGUUAAACGCGGAAUAUCAUG